CCCCGGUCAACGCGAGCGAGCCACAGAGUUCGAAGAUGCGCCGACGGACGAGGAUUCGAGUCGCAGGACGUCCCCCGCGGCCCGCGGCCCGCGGUCCGUGAGGCGGACCGGUGGAAGGCCUCCCGUGCAGUGCAUGAAUGAGUCGGUGGCCCACGGAAUUCGAUGCGCUCGGACGAGCAGCGGACGACGAGCAAACGAUUCGCAUUCGGAUUCGGAUUUGGUUCGGCCUCGCGGACGAUGGCUGGCGCGAGCGGAGGUGGUGCGGAGCAUCCGAACGAGCCCCGGAACGAGUGGCUGAAUCUCGUGGCGCUCGCUUUGUGGCUCUUUUCCAUUCAUCUGAACCUUCUCGUGGUUUUCAUCAUUCUGUGUUUCCUUCCGAAUCCGUGGGCAAUUUCAGCCCUCGUAUUGUGGUUAUCACAAAGCCUUCUACCUCUAUACACCGACACUCCCUUCGCCAACAGAGUUGCGAGGUUUAUAUGCAAGUAUGCCCCUACCCAUUUCCCCAUUGAGACGCACAUUGAAGACAUUGAUGCUUUGGACCCGAAGCGAGCUUAUGUGUUUGCAGUGGAACCACACUCUGUGCUUCCUAUUUCAAUCAUAGCGCUGACCAAACACUACGGUCUCAUGCCCGUAAAAAAAAUGAAGGCUCUGGCUAGUAGUGCGAUCUUCUGGACACCAGUAUUGCGGCAUGUAUGGUCAUGGUUGGGCUUGGUACCUGCUAGUAGGAAAUGUUAUAAGGAUCUUCUCCAAGAUGGAUACUCCACCAUUUUAAUACCAGGCGGGGUUCAAGAAUGCCUUUACUUGGAAUAUGGACACGAGACCAUUUUCUUGAAGAAACGAUUUGGAUUUGUGCGUGGUGCUAUUGAAGCAGGGGCGCCGCUGGUGCCUUGUUUCUGCUUUGGUCAAAGUGACGUAUACCAUUAUUGGAAACCCAGUGGACAGUGGUAUGCUCACCUUUCUCGAGCAAUCGGUUUCACACCCUUGAUAUUCUGGGGAAUGUACGGGACUCCCAUUCCAUAUCCUAAUCGGAUGUACCUUGUCGUAGGGAAGCCUAUCGACGUUGAGAAGAAUUCCAAUCCUUCUCAUGAGCAGAUCAGUGAGGUACUUAAGAAGUUUGUUGCUGCGAUGGAAGAUCUUUUUGAGAAGCACAAAUUGGCUGCAGGAUACAAAGACACGACUUUAACAGUGCGCUAGACCUGAGAAGAGCAUUACGCAUCCUGCUUCUACCUUCAGCCUUGCUCAUUCGGUGACCAAUAUACGCAGGGGUAUAGAUCAAAGUCUUGGUAACCACGAAAACAAAGUUUGCAUCUGGACCCCGGGACUGAACUGGAUGUGAUAUUCCACUCAGGGCAGCUUCGUCUGGUAGCGCUCCACCGUUGGAUAUGCCAUGGUGAGCUAGUUGUAGCUAGGUAGAUAGGAUUGGCUUUAGAGCCUAGAUUUUGUCCAGAAAUAGAAAUGAUUUGUGCAACAGUAACCUAUCACAUUGAUAGUUCCACUGAAUUUCUUACAACAAUGAGUUAAGACGUUUCGUUAUUGAUAUUAACUACUAGGAGAUGGAGAUGAUGAUUAAAAGUGAUAUAAUAAAAUAUACGUACCGAAGCAAGAAAGGUAUAUUCGGAAAAGUAG